CUGCAAUUACUUUCUCUUCCAGAUCGGGUAACUGACGGGAUAUCUGGGAUUGGACAAUGAUCGGGAAAGCGUGCUUCCUCCUCUCCCUUCUCCAAGCCGUGGUGUCGGGACAGUGGAGUGCGGACAAUCCCGGAGCUGUGACAGCGCAGAAUGGUUUGUGUGCACGGAUUCCGUGUCACUACAAAUACCCGUCGUAUCUGAAGAAUAAACCACGGACUGGAAUCUGGUUUAACAGUGAGACACAGUCUGUAGCCUUCCACUCCAGGAAUCACAGUGUAAUAUCAAGAAAGUUUCAGCAUCGGACCCGGCUGUCAGGAGUCCUGAGACACAACGACUGUUCCCUGGUUAUAGACAACGUCAUGCAGCAAGAUACAGGUCCUUAUUUUUUCAGAGUUAAUUUUAGAGAUGGAAAUCGUUACAACUACCACCCUGUAACACAGCUCCGUGUUACUGAUUUCACAGAUAAACCCACGAUAUUCCCUGCUGAAAUGGAAGCAGGUCAGCCUGUGAACAUGACCUGCAUCUUCAACACCACAUGUGAUGGAACAGCCCCCACCUUAACCUGGGUCACCCCCGCUGAUGAACCACCGUCAGCCUCACGCAGCGUAACUCAGUGGAGAGACACUCUGACGUAUACUUCUGUUCUGUCCCUGACCCCAGCGCUCAAACAUCACGGGCAAAACCUCACCUGCAGAGUCACAUACCCAACUGUCUCAUCCGAGCAGAUCCUCACAAUGGCUGUUGAAUACGCCCCCCAGAAUCUAUCAAUCACUUCCCCCGAUGACGUGAACAGUUCCUGGGUCAGUGUAAAGGAAGGAACCUCUGCAGUGAUCCUCUGCUCCGUCCAGAGUUUCCCAGCAUCUAACCUGACGUGGAGACAUCUCGGUGUCACGCUGAACGCAACACGUUCCAACAACGAGCUGUGGAUGGAGUUCCCUCAGCUUACACGGCAGGACGCUGGGGUCUAUCAGUGUGUGGCGGAGAAUGAACACGGGACAGCAGAGAGGGAUGUGACCCUCACUGUAGAAUAUGCUCCACAGAAUCUCUCAAUCACUUUCCCCGACAACGUGAACAGUUCCCGGGUCAUUGUAAAGGCAGGAAACUCUGCAGCGAUCCUCUGCUCCGUCCAGAGUUUCCCAACAUCUAACCUGACGUGGGGACAUCUCGGUGUCACGCUGAACACAACACGUUCCAGCAACGAGCUGUGGAUGGAGUUCCCUCAGCUGACACGGCAGGAUGCUGGGGUCUAUCAGUGUGUGGCGGAGAAUGAACACGGGACAGCAGAGAGGGAUGUGACCGUCACUGUAGAAUGUGAGUAGACACACA